GUUUAGGCUACAGGCUAACCCGGGGGAGGACUACACAUGGCAAUAAGCAUGAUCGGUCCGCUUACAGUAAAGACAACGAAGCGUUACCUGAAGAUGAAGCAGAUGAGUGAUUCUCAGAACUCCCAGCCCACAGCCUUCAUGAACCAUCUGAUGAAGCUUUCCAACAAAACCCAGGCGAUGCUGGGGCAGCAGCCGUCAGGGCUGGACAGCCUGGCCCAGGCAUCCGCAAUGCUGGACAUCUCUGUCCAGGCCCUGGAGGACACGCAGCUGGAAGGACUGCAGCCGACAGACAUGGUGUCCCUCAUCCAGCUGCUGUCUCUGGCUGCUGACGCCCCCCCCCCACAGCCACUCACCGGGGCCACCAACCACAGCCAGGACACCAUCCGGGAACUCAGCCAGCACUUCAUCAGCGUGGCCGACAGCAUCAUCAGCCAAGACAACGCCCUCAAGUGGGAGGCCAUCAAAGAGGUGGUCAACGGCCCAAUGGAUGUGGUCAAGAGUAUUGACCGGAUGGUGACCAGCCUGAGCCCUCGCUUGCUGGAGGAGACUGAUCGCCUGACCAUUAACAGACCCAACAUCAAACUGGAGAUGCAGCAGCAGAUGCUGCAGGAAGGAUCCAGAGGCUCAAGUUUCUGUGGGCCUGAGACAGGGAAACACACCAACCUAGACUGUAUUUCAGUCCCACAUCAGAAGAUACAAGAUCUCCGUAACAAUGGCUUCCAUAAGCUCACGUUGGUCAACAUGUGGUACGGCUCUUUGCAGCCUUUCAAUCCAGAGGGGAACAUCACCAUGGUCCCUACUGUCACCGAUGGCAGCCAGAGGUAUUUGGGCACCAUCCUGGGCUCUUCUGUCAUGUCCACCACAGUGCUGGGAGACGAUCAGCCGGUUAGCACAGCAGUUCGCUUCCAGCUCCAGCACAGAGUACAGAAUCCCACUGGUACUGUGUACGAUCCAGUGUGUGCCUUCUGGGAUUUUGAUCUCACUCCCGAGGGUGGUGGGUGGUGGAAUACCAAAGGCUGUGAUGUAGUCUCCAAAGAAUAUGGAUACACUGUGUGCUACUGCAACCACACCACCAAUUUUGCAUUGCUGCUGCAGGUUUAUGAAGCCCAGAGGAGCCCGGAGAACGAAAAAGCUCUGCAAGUGCUGACGUUCAUCGGCUGUGGAGUGUCUCUGUGUGGCCUCCUCUUCACCUUCAUCCUCUUCAUCGCUGUGGGUGUCCCUAAAUCCGACCGUACCACCGUCCAUAAGAACCUGAUCGUGGCUUUGGGCCUAGCUGAGUUGCUGUUGAUGUGCAGUGAUUGGGCAUCUGCCAAUGAGGCAGCGUGCUUCGUGGUGACUGCACUACUCCACCUCUUCUUCAUGGCCUCCUUCUCCUGGAUGCUGGUGGAGGGCCUGCUGCUCUGGAGCAAAGUCGUGUCCGUCAACAUCAGCGAGGACCACAGGAUGAAGCUCUACUACAUCAUCGGCUGGGGACUACCCGUUCUAAUAGUUGGUGUAACAAUGGCAGUAUCAGUGGAUGAGUACAAGGCAGAUGAUCACUGCUGGCUCAAUGUGAAGACUGACACCAUCUGGGCCUUUGUGGGACCUGUUAUAUUUGUCUUAGCGGUCAACGCAGUUGUGCUGUUCCGGGUUGUCAUGGUGACCGUCUCCAGCGCUCGCCGGCGCGCUAAGAUGCUCAGUCCAAGCUCGGCAGCGAAGAUGCAGACCUUUGACCUCACCUGGGCUGUGACCCGUCCAGUUCUCAUCCUGCUGCCAGUGCUGGGUCUGACCUGGCUGUGUGGAGUGCUGGUCCAUCUGUCGGUAGUAGUCGCCUAUGUCUUCAUUGCUCUCAAUGCCACCCAGGGCCUGUACAUCUUCUUAGUGUAUGCUGUUUACAACAGUGAGGUGAGGAAUGCCAUAAAGAGGAUCAAAGAAAAGAGAAAGGCCUUAUCUUUCACGAACUGCUCCCAGCCAACCAGCUUCCUACCUUCCCAGAGGGCCCCGAUCACCUCCUGGGGCCGCAGUCCACUGGCCCCCUCCAGCCCUGAGACCAGUGAGACUUCUGGACCGCCCAGCUCCACCUCCAUGUCAUUGGUCAUCAAGAACGAGAGCUUCAGAAAGGAAAGCCUUGUGAGUUUCUCUUUGAAACCAGCAUCAGGAAACCAAGUGGUCCAGCUGACUGGGUUCAAGCCAUCAGCAGGUUGUUGAACUGCAAAUGGAGUGGAUCCUGAUACUCGGCUACAAUACGCAUGCAUCCCGCCGAAAAAGAAUGGAGGGCUGGACACAGACACAGAUCCCACCUUAAGAAGUGCACUGCCGACACACACACACACACACACACACACACACACACACACAUACACUGAGUUGCAACACAUUCUCACUCCCAUUACAUCAAAAAGCAACACUUGGUCAGGUUCCUUUGGCGUUUGUUAUUGGCGCAAUAAGUGUCCUUUGGCGUCAUAUUUAGACACGCUUGGUCGGGACUCUUGGCGUCACUUUUUGACGCUGUGGGUCGGGACGUCUGUUUAACUGACCGAACGGGACAGUUAGAUUCAGGAAAAGAUCGUGGGUGGGAUUACAAAAUGUACGAUUCAGGUCUCCUGGGUGAAAGUCCUGUUUUGUAAGUCGCCACCCCAACCUGCUUCCUUACGCGGACUUUCUUACUACCCGCUACCGUUGUCUCUCUUAAUACUACGGCAUCUUACAGCGCCGCUGUCGAGCUGCUGCUCUGCCCGGUGCCUCCAGUACAGACGCUAAAAGGGGGAUUUAUGCGUCGGUUUCUGACGCUGAGAGCCACUGACCAAGCGUCAGGAUUUCACGAGCUGGGAGAGAGAACGGGUCUCUGCUGGGAGGGAGAGUGCGGAAUAAAACAAGUGACAAAUCCACUUAGGGGGAAGGGAAGGAGGGCUAGGAAAUAAAACAGACAAACGUACACACACAGUACAGUUUGAAAUGACAUAAAAUACAAUUUAAAAAUACAACACAGACAGACAGCAGUCAACGCGUACAAAUGCACCACAUUGCAUUUGAUGUGUGUUUUUGAUUACCAAUUGAAAUGACACAUUUCACUCUCUUUCGGGCCGGAUGUCAGUUACCUUCCUCUUUCUUUGUGUUGGCCUUCUAAACUCCGGUGGAUUUGUGAGGACUAUGGUUAACUGCUCCUCAGAUCUCUGCAGGGUAAAUCCAGACAGCUAGCUAGACUAUCUGUCCAAUCUGAGUUUUCCGUCGCA